UUUUGGAGCCGCUCUCAUCUCCGACAGGUGUGCGAUUGCGAGCAGAGCGGAUCCGGCUACGACGCACAGUGCCUGUUUUAUCCGCGCAGACAGGCGUCCUGGUUAAGUGUCCAACUAUUUGGGCAAAACGCCGAGUGCGUCUAACAUGUGGACCGGAGACGCAUGCCACAGGAAGCCCUGAAUAUGAGGAAGAGCAGACACCGCGCAAAUAUGGGAGUUUUUGUGCUUUUCAGAUGGCUUGUGUUCACAGUGGUGGUACCCUCCUGGCUGCUUGCUGUUCCGAGCGGCAUCCGUGAGCGUCCCUGCCCCCAGAGCUGUAGAUGUGAUGGGAAAAUAAUAUACUGCGAGUCCAAUGCCUUCCGUGACGUGCCAAACAAUGUGUCUGUCGGCACACAGGGCCUGUCUCUGCGUUACAACAGCCUGGUGAGCCUUAGAGCCCAUCAGUUUGCAGGCCUGAGUCAACUAGUUUGGCUCUAUCUCGACCACAACUACAUCAAUGCUGUGGAUGGCCAGGCUUUCCACGGGAUAAGGAGGCUCAAAGAACUGAUUCUCAGCUCCAAUAAGAUCACACAGCUAAAAAACAACACUUUCCAUGAUGUCCCAAAUUUACGUAAUCUUGACCUUUCCUACAACAAACUGCAGGUUCUCAAGCCUAAUCAGUUCUGGGGUUUACGGAAACUACUCAGUUUACACUUGAGGUCAAACUCCCUAAAAACAGUCCCAAUGCGUGUUUUCCUUGACUGUCGCAACCUGGAGUUUCUUGAUAUUGGCUACAACAGGUUGAGGAGCCUCACACGUAAUGCCUUUGCAGGACUACUGAAGCUGAUCGAGCUCCAUUUGGAGCACAACCAGUUUUCUAAGAUAAAUUUCGCUCAUUUCCCUCGCCUGACUAACCUGAGGGCUCUCUACCUGCAGUGGAACCGCAUCAAAAUCCUAACGCAGGGCUUGCCGUGGAUGUGGACUUCCUUGCAAAAGUUGGACCUCUCAGGAAAUGAGCUCCAAGUGUUGGACCCGAGCACAUUUCAAUGCCUGCCCAACCUUCAGACUCUUAACCUAGACUCCAACAAGCUCACCAAUAUCUCUCAGCAGACAGUGGAGGCUUGGAUCUCCCUCACGACCAUCAGUUUGGCCGGUAAUUUGUGGUACUGUAACCCCAACAUUUGCCCUUUGGUAUCCUGGCUCAAAACCUUUAAGGGUAACAAGGAGUUUACAAUGAUAUGUACCAGCCCUAAGGAGGCACAAGGAGAGAAAGUAACAGAUGUGGUGGAGACUUAUAACAUCUGCACUGCAACGCCGACCCCUAUCCCCUCAACGACAUUGCCCCUCACAACUGCUUUUCAGCCUGAGCUGCAGCCUCUCCCCACGCAGUCUGCGGUGGAUAAAAAGCUAACCUGGAACAGGACAGCCUCUCCAGCUCCUUCGGAGGCCUCCCCCACCAUCCCAUUGCCAGACACUGAAUAUGUCUCCUUCCACAAGAUCAUAGCUGGUAGCGUGGCCCUCUUCUUAUCUGUGGCUAUAAUUCUGCUGGUUAUCUAUGUCUCGUGGAAGCGCUAUCCCAGCAGCAUCAAACAGCUUCAGCAGCGCUCAGCGGUUAAGAAGCGCCAGAAAAAGGCACGGGAGACUGAGCGCUCCUUUAAUUCACCACUCCAAGAGUACUAUGUGGACUACAAGCCUUCACACUCAGAGACUAUGGAUGUGCUGGUUAAUGGGACAGGACCUUACACAUACACCAUCUCAGGCUCCAGGGAAUGUGAGGUAUGACCGUUGCCCUCCAAAAAUCCAUUUCCACUGCGAGGCAUAAGAGGUACCGCGGCAGCUGAGUGCUCUGACAUUGUACAGGUGUGAGCAGUCGGUUCUGGAUUACUGCCAUACCCACCUGUCGCUGCACCUCAAUGUGGGCAUGGAGCCCUCCACUCAGGCACUGGGAGGUCCAGGGCCAGCAUUGUACCAACCCAGCCUAAUGGCUGCCCUCCCCUCAAAGCCUGUGCUGCCUUUCCCCCAGACCCACUCCCACCACCACUGAGCUGUGUACACCACGAGGCUCUGUCUCCAAACUACUGUAUGUCAGUUGCACAUAAUCAGAGAACUGCUCAUACGAAAUAAAAGGCUGUGUGGGAGGAAGCUGGGACUGGUAAAGAAGCAAAGGAGACAAUUAAUUUACUGCAGAGCAUCCUGGAACCAGGGUAAUGAAAAUGAAAAUAUUUCUCAGUGGAAAUAAAGGGGUGCAGCAGUUUUGAUUUGUGAGCUUCUGACCUACCUGAGCCUCAGUGUCCUCAAUUAGCAAAGGAGGCUGAACUUCAGCAUGACUUUCCACAUUCUGCUUUGCCUCUUGAGGAGUAUUAAAGAUAAUAAUUUCAUGAUUUGUUAAUCUUAUUAAACAUAUUUCCUUGACUUCUCAUAAUGUGGACACCCCUCUGCUGUGCAGGUAAAGUUAUCAAAUGCAAAAUGCUGUAAACAGAGCAGGGGAAACAGCAUGGUAAGCAACUGAGUAGCUGAACAAACGAAAGCUCGGCCAAGCUGAAAGGGUUUCUUCUGUUUUGUUUUUCGCUCUCUCUGAUCACGCUGCAGGCCAGAGGUCUCUCUCAAAAUCAAGUCCCUGUAGCGUUUUUCAUUUCGAGAAAUGAGCCUCUCCAAUGAAAUUACCCAAGACAAGAGAAACAAGUCAGAAAAUAACGGACAGUAAUUGUUUUAUAAAAUGUACAGCCCACACAUCUUGCUGGCAGUCAGUAUAAUUUACAUGGUGACUUUUGAAUUGCUUAAUGAUUUGUGAUGUUGAUCACGUUCUUAUUCAUUUGAGAAAUAAACAGACGAAAAAUAAACACCAAGUACGGAGCUUGGU